UAAAAUUCAAGAUGGUGCCAGUCUUACUCUGAUCACAGUACCAGGAGUGAACGCUAGAUUCGUGGAUACGCUUUCGUUUAUGCCGAGAAGUCUGGCGGAGCUUCCAAAGGAUCUCGGAAUAAGCCACCUGGUCCUCAAAGGAUUUUUCCCGUAUUUAUUUAAUACUCCUGAAAACGAAAACUACAUUGGCCCGGUGCCAGCUAAGGAGUUCUUCAAUACUGAACGGAUGUCUGCAUCGAAGAUAAGCGAGUUUGAGCAAUGGUACACCAAUGCCGUACACAUCUUCGGAAAUAACUACAAUCUUAUGGAUGAGUGCGAAAAAUACUGUGUCAACGACGUUCUGGUCCUACGCGAGUGUGCCAAGAUUACGCGUUCAUCCUUUACUAAUCUCUUUCCCGGGUUGGAUCCUUUCGACGAACCCACGAAUCCUUCGGCCGUUAUGAAAGCCUUUCAAGUGCACUACCUGCAACCUGAAACGAUUGGAAUACUUCCAGCGAACGGCUACGGCAGGGCGCAUAAUCAAAGCGAUAAGGCUAUUCAGUGGAUGACGUGGUUCGAGAAUAGAACGGGAACGGAAGUACGCCAUGCGCGUAAGCUAGAGGGGGAAUUGUAUAUUGGUCCAUACCCCGUGGACGGAUUUGACGAGUUUGGCGAUGUGUGGCAGUUUUAUGGGUGCUUUUGGCAUGGCUGUCGGAAGUGCUUCCCCAAUCCCUCCCGUAUGAACACAGUACGAAUGAAGACUUUUGGCGAACUGCGGGAGGAGACGAGAAGAGUCGAGCACUACAUUAGAAACGUUUAUCCUAACCAAGAAAACCCUGAAGUGCGUGUGCGAGGGUUCAGAAGCAUUUGGGAAUGCGAUUUCGACGAAAAAGUUAAAAGUGGAGAGAUUACAGUUGGAAAUGACUUCCGGAAGCGCAUGAAUGACGUGUCCUGUCACAAGCUGUCAAAGACGGAUAUUUGA